GAUAUUUUGUGUCAAAUUGACAAAAUAAAAAGUAUACAACGAAAUUUGAUUUAUAAAUUUAUAAAUAACAAAUGGAAGAAAAUAAGGAAAGUGAUAAAGUGCUGUUACCACAUCAUAAACAACAGUCUCUGUGUACUACGCGCCUACCGUACAGGCAGGGUAGAAAGUUAACUGCUGUUAAGGUAUAUUCAGUAACAAAGGAAUCAAACCAUCUCCUCAUAUUUGGUGUACCGUCCUUAAACCUCCGACAAGAAACAAAAGCCUUAUUCGUGAAAUUCGGCAAACUGUUACAAUUCAACAUAUCAACACAACACGCCGCCGAACCAUUCACAGAAACAUACCACGCACAAUACGAUAAACCUCAGCAAUCAAGAUUAGCCAAGAAAAUGCUCGACACAAAAAACUUUUACGGGGGCAUCUUACACGUAUGCUAUGCACCCGAACUGGAAACUAUUGACGAAACUCGGCAAAAACUUAUCCAAAGACAGCGUGACGUGGUCUACAGGCUGAAAAACUUGCAGAAGGAAGUUAAAACUGUUCCCAAUGUACCGGAACCGUCUAACUCGAGUAACGCUACCUGUUAUGCACCUAAAAAGUUAGACAUGGGUCAAGUAAAUACGAUAAGCAUAGGAAAACAGAUAAGGGAGGUAGUUUAUAAGAAAAAGGAGAAUAAUAAAAGAUUUAAGCGAGAUAAUGAUGAAAAAUGUGUUAUUAAUAAAAAUAUAGUGAAUACUGUAGUCGAAAAUCCUAGUAUAAGUUACAAUUUUACAGAUAACAAAGAGAUUGAAGUCGUUGAUUGUACGAAUAUUGAUUCAGAAGUAGUUACAAAUAUUAAUGAGAGUUUAAAUUACAAUAAAUUUGGUAAUGAACUAAUUAGGAAAGUUCCAGAGAAACCUUUAAAUAAAAUACAGUUUCAUAUAAAUAAAAAAUCUUAGCAUAUUA